GCUUAAAGCCCCAAUUGUUCUUGUUUUCUCGUCGGGAGACGAGCACAAUUGUUUAUUAAUUUUGCAAAUAUAUUCGUGAAAAACAGAAAACAAACAUGAACAACAACAAGUGUUAAACAAUUACUUGUAAACAUAAGGCACACCGGAUUGCCAAGCACUAAAUGCAGUAAUGGAUAAAACAAAAGCAAAAGUGAACUAAAAAAGAUAAAAGGUGAUAAAGCAUAAGCGAUGGACACAAAUCCGAUGAACUUUAUGGAGGCUCCGCUGGACGAAUCGAUGGAUUUGUUCAAGCCGGAGGACGCCUUCGACAUGAUCAACGAGGUGCUGCACUCGGACAUGCUGGACAGCUUCCUGAACGAAAUGGACCUGCAGCCACAGAUGUACGACAUGCUGAUGAUUGACGAGACGCCGCCGCGAACGCAUCCCCCAACGCAAACGCCGGCUGUGGAGCAGCAGCCGCCGCACGUGAAGAGCGAGCACUCCUCGCCAGUGCACAUCAAGGAGGAGCUGCAGCAACAGCAGCAGCCUCCGUUGCUCGUCUACAAGCCGGAUCCCCUCAUGGCCUCCAACUACAAUCUCCCCCAGCAACAGCAGCAGCUGCAGCCGGCUCUCCUGAAGGCCACCCAACCGACGGCCACCGUCCACCACAUGGAUACCCAGCGAUUGCCGACGAACAGCACGGUUUACUCGCCAACUAUGAGCAGUAGUUUUGUCUACCGCUCCAUUUCCCCGCCCACGCCGCCAGCGGAGUCGUCGCCCCAGAGUGUGAAUGUCAUGCAACCCGUUGCUGCAGCCGCCACUCCCUUGACCCUGCAGUCGCAUCCGCAACCCUUCAUCAUGUACGCCCAGCCAAUGGCCACGAGUCCCGCACUAAUGCCCUCCGCCUCAGCCAUGCCCGUGAUGAUGGAAUCCCCGACGACGACGACGACGACAACCGUGGCCAGUCCGAAGACCUCUCCACCUGUGGCUCCACCGUCGAGCAGGGCCAGCAAGGUGAGAGUGGCGCCCCUGGCACCAUCUCCCGGCGCCAUGGACCAGGUCCAGGGCAAGGUGCCCAUCAACCGGGUGCAGCCCAAGGUGAAGGAGGUGAAGCGCUCCGCGCACAACGCCAUCGAACGGCGGUACCGCACUUCGAUCAACGACAAGAUCAAUGAGCUGAAGAACUUGGUGGUGGGCGAGCAGGCCAAGCUGAACAAAUCCGCAGUGCUGCGGAAGUCCAUAGACAAGAUCCGGGAUCUGCAGCGCCAGACGCACGAUCUGAAGGCAGAGCUGCAGCGCCUGCAGCGGGAACUGAUGGCCCGCGACGGCUCCAAGGUCAAGGAUCUCCUGCAGCUGGGCACCCGGCCAGGACGAGCCUCCAAGAAGCGUCGCGUGAGUUGCUCAACCAUCGCCACGGAUGCUGGACUCACACCGCCGCGCAGCGACGUAUCGGACCCUUCGCUUUCGCCCCUGCACUCGGACAUCUCGCUGCCGCCGUCGCCCUACGGCGGAUCCACCGCCAGCUGCAGCAGCGGUAGCAGCAGCAAUGAUGAACCGCUUGUGGUGCCCAGCUCCAUGCGCGGCAUGGCCACCCACUCCCGCCUGGGACUCUGUAUGUUUAUGUUUGCUAUCCUGGCCGUCAAUCCCUUCAAAACCUUCCUCCAACGUGGCCAGUUUGGCAGCAAUGACGGCAUGGGCGAGCUGAGCGGUCAGAGGCGCAUUCUCUCGUACGACGUAGAUGGUGAAGGCUUUUCUGGCUGGCAGCAGAGCUCAUGGAUAUGGCUUUUGAACUUGACACUGAUGCUCGGCUGUCUGGUGAAGCUGCUGGUAUACGGAGAUCCGCAGUUGGACGCCCAAACGGAUGCCUACUGGCAGCACAAGCAGCGGGCCGACUCCCACUUUGCCCAAGGACAAGCAGCCCAGGCGUACGCCAGUUACUUGAACUGUUUGCACAUGUUCGGAUUGAGUUUGCCUGCAUCGCGAUUGGAGUGUUACCUGCAGACCACAUGGCAGUUCUUGCGGUUCCUCUUCCACCGCCUCUGGCUGGGCCGGGUACUGUCGCGUCGGACAGGAGGACUGUUCAGCAACGCCGCCAGCCGGAAACAGGCGCUGGCUUCAGCGCGGGAACUGGCACUGCUCUUCAAUCGACUAAAUCAACUGCAGUUGACUGGGAAUGGAAGUCGCGGUGACGGCAACGGCAUCAUGAUGGCGCUCUUUGCCAGCAACAUGGCUGAGGUGGCUCACAAUCUGCUGACACCGCGCGAGACCAUCUGCAUCCACGUGAUGACGGCGCUGCGAAUGAAGCGCAGCGCGCCCAAGUGGCUGCAGCAGCUCUUCGCCCGCUACUACAUGAGUCGUGCGCGCCAGGAAUGCGGUCGCACCCGGGCUGCCGAGCAAACGCAGGAGUUGCGUUGGGCCUUUAGUGCCUAUGGAUAUCGCUACUGCAGCACGCACGUCUUCAGCUACGAUCUGAGCGACUCCGGCGAGCAGGAUGGCUUUUUCACGCGUCUUCGGAAUCCCUGUGACCCCGCUGCCCACGUUAUAAAGCAAUACCGCGAGCAUUUGCUCUUCAAGGCCAUUCAGUGUCUGGUGGGAGCUGGUCACAAGUCGGGCGGGUUACCCGCAUCUACAGCCGGUGGCGAGACGGAGCAACUGCAGCAACAGCAGCACAGCGGCACUAUCGUCAGCAAUGUUCUUAAGUACACGUCGCUGCUGAGGGACACCCUGUGGGCCGAUGAGGAUGAGCGCGAUACCAAUGUGGUGUGGUGGGCGAAUGUCCUGGAGAUCGCUGUGCACUGGCUCCUUGGCGAAGAUACGUUGGCCGAGCAGCUGCACGACAGCAUCAAGCAGAUGCCCGUCCAGCUGCAGCAGUGCAGUGAAAACGAUCAUUUGCCCCGGGCCCUGCAUGCGGUGCUCCGAGCCAAGAUGAUACUAUUAAUGAACAAUGGUAACGCCCUGGACAAGAGCCUCAAGCACUCGGUGAACAACCUGUGCAACGAGUCAAGUGUUAAGCUUCAAGAGUGUCUUACUGUGAACAGGAUCACCAACGCCAAGGGUAUAAAGUUGCUUUUCCAAUUGCUCACCUGCGAUUGGUUGCUCGAAACUCGGACUGCUUUGUGGGAACUGGAGCACAUGAAUAUAGAGGAUGAUGGCUUCUACCAAGUGCCCGGUGAUGUGCUCGAAAAGUUCCAGACCGAUUUGAAUUCUUUGCGCAGCAUUGUGGAAAAUAUACCGAACGCCCAAUCGAGGAUAUAUUUGUACGAGGCGGUAUGUCGUUUGAUGGCCGGCGCCUCACCGUGUCCAACGCAACAGCUUCUGGACAGGAGUCUGCGGUCGCGCUACGCCAGCUCGUCCAUCUUCUGCGGCAGCAAGGAUCGGCGGCACCAGAACUUCGAGGGCGGGGAGCGGGAGCGGGCAUCGGCCAUGUACGUGGCCUGCAAGUAUCUGCCGCCGGCACUUCUCAGUUCCCCGGGUGAGCGUGCUGGCAUGCUGGCCGAGGCGGCCAAGACCCUGGAGAAGGUGGGCGAUAAGCGGAAGCUGAAGGAGUGCUACCAGCUGAUGAAGUCCCUGGGCAACGGCAUUGGCAGCGUUAAGGCUUAGGACAGUCGUGGAAUGCAUAACCAUAAGUGACAAGAUCCUGGGAUCAAAGCCCGAGCAAAUCUACAUUGGAUAUCCAGCUAUUCGUAUCUCUAUUUACUCUCCCCAGGAAAUGGGAGUUUUUAGGCCUCUUUACGCUUUUCCCCUUUUUUCCCCGCCCAUUUAUUCUUAGUUUGUAAUUCAAAACUAAUUUAAUAUGGAAAUUAGUAUUUGUUUAAUAUUUACCGUAAAGGAUAAACAUAUUUAUAACAAUAAAUAUUUUAACAGUU